GGGCGGUGCUGGUAGCGGCUGCCGUGGGGCUGCGCUCUGCCCCGCUUCCCGCUGCGGCAGGAGAGGGCAACGGAGCGGCCCCGAGGCGGGGAGCGACGCUGGGUGCCCGGGCGGAGGGCGGGGUCGCCGCCGGGCGCCGCACUCUGGGGGGAGCGGGGGAGCUGGGAGCCGCCUCGGCAUCGCCCCCGGGCAUUCCCCCCGGGCAUCCCCCGAGCAUUUCCCCCGGCAUGCCCCUGGGCCCCUACGGAGACCUUCCCGUGCCGGGCGUGUUGUAUUGACACCGUGCCGGCGUGAGCCCCCCCUGCUCCGUGCGUGGGUGCCCCUGGUUCUGUGCGGGCAUCCCCUGCUCUGCGCAUGGGGUGACGGUGCCAGUGUGGCAUCCUUGGCUCUGCGCAUGGUGCCACUGUUCCAGCAUGGGCUCCCUUGGGGUAACAGCGCCAGCAUGGAUACCCCCUGCUCCACGCACGGCGUCAUGACUCCUGGCUCCAUACUUCAGUUGGGUCGGGUUGUGACAUACCCAAUAUGGCUCAUCUACACCACCAUCCUGAGGCUCUUCAGAAAUCCCCAUCCUGCAAUUACUCUGAAGGAUCCAGAAGUGAAGUAUGCAUUGAGGCUGAUUGAUAAGGAGGAAGUUAGUCAUGACACAAGAAGAUUUCGAUUCGCUCUUCCUUCCAUGGAUCAUGUUUUGGGUCUCCCUGUAGGACAGCAUAUCUACCUGUCUGCACGUAUUGAUGGGGCUCUUGUUAUUAGACCCUACACUCCAGUUUCUAGUGAUGAUGACAAAGGCUUUGUGGAUCUUGUUGCCAAGAUCUACUUUAAAGGUGUCCAUCCGAAGUUUCCUGAUGGAGGGAAGAUGUCUCAGUACUUAGACAGCCUGAAAAUAGGGGACACUAUUGACUUCAGAGGACCAAGUGGCCUGCUUGUGUACAAAGGAAAAGGCGAGUUUGCUAUUCGGCCUGAAAAGAAAGCUGAACCAGUUACUAAGAAAGUCAAAUAUGUGGGGAUGAUUGCAGGAGGGACAGGGAUAACACCUAUGCUGCAGAUCAUUCGAGCAAUCAUAAAAGACAAAGAUGACCCUACCGUUUGUCAGCUGCUGUUUGCUAAUCAGACUGAGAAGGAUAUCCUGUUACGUUCCGAGCUAGAGGAGAUCCAGGCUCAGAAUCCCAAUCGCUUUAAGUGUUGGUACACACUGGACAGAGCACCUGAAAAUUGGGAAUACAGCCAAGGAUUUGUGAACCAAGAGAUGAUCAGAGACCACCUGCCCCCACCUCAAGAUGAUGUUCUGAUCCUCAUGUGUGGACCUCCUCCAAUGAUCCAGUAUGCUUGCAUUCCCAACCUGGACAAACUGGGCUACACCAAGGACAUGAGGUUCUCCUUCUAAAGAAGAGUGAUAACUCAGUGAUCUUGUGUAGAAGGGAAGGAAAAGAUAUUUAAUGGGGAACAGGACAGCUGAUGCACAGUGCUGGGAAACUACAUUUACAUUAAAAAUGCUUCAUAUUUUCUGAAUCUCUGGCAAGUAAGACACUUAACCUUAGCUGUACCAAAACUGUACUCUAUAUUGCACAGAAACAACUGUGUUGUGGGAAGGUAGUGGUGCCUACCGCUCACCUAUGUUGUCCUUGCCAUGUUUGUCAUACAGAAAGACUGUACUCCAUCUGAUGACAGUAUAGCUGCUUUGGGCAGUAAAUGCUUAUUUACCCUUCUCUCAGCACUGUAAUCCAAUAGCAGUAAUAGCCUACUUCCUAACACUGUGCAUACCCGGUAUUUUAUUUAGUAUGAAGUAUGAAAAUAUGCAGAAUGUGCUGGAUCAUUCACCUUGCUUGUGCCAAAUUUUAAUCCUUACAGAGCUUUUACAGUAUGAGGUUGAGGAGCAUUUGCUUUGUGGGCAUAAUCUUUGUGACAUUAGAAGGUUAAAGGUGCUUGUUCAGUGAAGGAUGAUUGUUUAUGAGUGAAGUUGUUCGAGUUGGAUUGUUAAUCAGAGGGGUAGACAAAAUUUCUUUCCUUUGUAUUUUGGGAUAGCCUCUCUUAACUGCAGACACUGUUCCAGCUGGUCACAGCUCUUAUCUGUGGGCAAUGAAAGAAACUACAGAAAGCAAGCGGCUUUGUGCACUGUUCCACAAAUGCCUGGAAUUUUUGCUUGUAUGUGUUUGAAAAAAAUUUGAAAAAAAUACCAACUUUUAGAUCUACUUUGACAUACCAGAUGGUGCCAUGGAAGUACAAAGGCAAUUGUUCUGCAUCUCCUGUGCAGUGAAAAAUGUGCUGGGUGAAAACUGGAUAUGGUUUUAGUUUCUCCUUUCACAGAGAUGGAUUUGGAACAAAGGGAGCUCAGG